AUGACAUCUCCCAAGCUCCAAGCUAGAAGACUGGACCUGCAAAGACAGUUGAAGAAGAUCUUGGCCAUUCUCAACAAGGAGUAUCUCACUGUACCAAACUCGGAGGCCCGCCUCAAGAUCGCUGUAUAUUUGCACAAGUAUAUUGCCACUCUGGACCAAAUGAAGGCCAUUGCAGCCUUGAUUUGGACGAUGGACACUCUCUUGGGUGACGUUCAUCCUCGUCACUGUGGUCCUAAUUCGAUCUAUUCUCUGGGUCUGCAGUACAGCAAUCUUGUCAGGAGCUCUCCGCUUUGUCUAAAGACGCAACUGGAUUCCGCCGUUGACAUUCCGGAUCCCUGGGACAACCGUCUGUCCCCCAAUCGAUGCCCACUGGAACUUCUCGUCCACCCUGGCGAGUUGAGAGAGGAAGAGUAUACCAGUGGUGUUGAUAUGAUACUCGAUGCUGACUCUGUUGGCGAACUCACCCGUCGUCUAGAUCUCAGCAUAGGGGAGACCGGUAUUUCGGUUCACAAGUCGAACCCUGGGCUCAGAUGCAGCUCUGUUCUCUCCCGCCGCCUCCAUGAGGUUGGGCUACAGAAGCUUGUCGAUUACCACAAAUCAACGCCAAAGACCUCCCGAAUGCCGGAUUUGCAGUAUUGGUACUCCGACGGGCGGGCUUUUUCACGAGUUUCGAGCUCUUAUAUGAGCUUCAAUGGUUCAUCUAUCCUGCUGUUCUGGGAAGGUUCCCCUUUUACAGUUUACGAAAGGCGAUUUGCACCUAGCAGCUCUGUAAACGGCAAAAUUCUUUUUGGAGUUGAGCUUGAAUUCUACACAGCAAUUAAGCCAGAUAUCAGUAGUCAACCCAGCCUACUGAUUGAUCCCUCUCCCGAGGAUGACAGACAAAUUGGCAACGGUUCUACCAACAAAAGAGCUGGCCGAAUAGCAGAAAUGAUUACAAGCAAAGGGCGGUUGGCUUUGGCAAGGUCACAAGUGCCCCCUGACACACCCGGUUGGCGAAUUAGCCUUGCUAAGCAUGGUAUUGUCCCUAUUCCUGGCAUCGAUCCCGUUUAUCAGGUAUGGACUGUUUUGCCUGAUUACUCUGUCACCAACUGGGAAGACUGGGCAGGCUACGCGGGAGUGGAUGGGAUGGAAGUAGUGAGCCCUGUUCUGGCAGACAUACCAACGGACUGGGAGAACGUCGUCGAUAUGUUGAGCAUCCUGCGAAACAACUUCAGACAGUUUGUACCCAAUUCAUGCGGCUUCCACAUUCCUGACAUAGGCAAGUGCUGCAUCAGUUUAAGCAAGUGCGACUUCGAUUCUGCCGUUGGCACAGAGUACAACGGGACCGUCAAGUUCCGUUUCCUCGAGGGUACACUAGAUCCGGAACUAAUUGCUGACAGAGUCGCAGCAAUGUCAGAGCUGGAGGAGCACAAAGGUCAAAAAGAUCGACGCGGUGAACAUCAAGGGCUCCUUUCUCGAAUUGAAGACACACAAAUCAAUACCCUCCGUAACGAUCUAUGCCAGAGGGAGAUAAGUCUUCCAUGCCUAGCUGCUAAAAAGGGUGUCGUCCAAGAGCCUGGGACCGCACAGAAUCCAAGCAACCUGGAGGAGAGGCUCGAGAGGAAGACAAAGAUGCACGCGCAUCUACCUGAUGCGCGUCCUUGA